UACAAGUAUGGAGAACUUGCCCUAAAUCCCUCAUGAGAACCCAACCCAAAUACUGAAAACGUAUGCUAUAUAACUUGUGGCAAAAUUAACGUACAAAGGUUUAUUUUAUUUCACCUUUCUCCUUCUGCACAAUAAUGGAGAAGCAUUAUUCCGAAGACAUAAUUAUGGAGAAGCAUUGUUCUGAAGACAUAGUAUUGGAGAUCCUAACAAGGCUUCCUGCCAAGUCUCUCAUGCGAUUCAAGUGUAUUUCUAAAGCCUGGAACACCUUGAUAGGACAUCCCAACUUUGCAAAAUUGCACAAAGCUCGUUCUCAAGCCCGCCUUUUGUUUGAACUAGAAGUAGAACCUCAUUUCUGGAAGUUUCGUCCUCAUUACAAGAAGUAUCCUACAAGAAAGCGAAGACGAUUAGAAGGAUGUUCUUUAGAACUCACAGGGCCUUAUCAUUAUUUCAACUAUGACGAGAUGAGUAUCUGCUCAAAUCAUUGCAAUGGCCUUGUUUGUUUGUAUAGCUUUAAAGAUACUCAAGCUUAUUUGUACAAUGUCGCCACGGGGGAGAUAAAGGCUUUGCCAUUCUCUGUGAAUCCCGAGAAAUACCCUGAAUUCUUUCUGGGAUUUGAUAUGGUAACGGAAAAAUACAAGUUGCUCCAUGUUUUCGUGAAAAGAAAUAAGGGAAUACCGCGGAUUAAGAGUAGGAUUCUAACUCUAGGAAUCAAUUCUUGGAGAAAAAUCAUUAUGCCGCCUAAUUUCUUCUGUGUUAGGCCUGAGGGAUGUAUUUUCCUCGAUGGGGUUCUUUAUCCAAUUUACAAACCUGUCACCUACUUCAAUUUUAGAGAGGAGGAGUUUGGGAAUCUUCCACACAUACAACACAGUAUUUUCAGCCUGAAUAUAAUGCAAACUGCAUUAUCAAAAACUGGUUAUCCAUUGCGGCAGGAGAAGUGA